AUGGAGCAAUCCAGAGGAGAGCCCAACACAGACGAACUGGUCGUGCGUGGGGAGAAAGUGUUACCGGACAAAUGUAAACUUCGUGAAGAAUCGGAAGUAAACAGGGCCAGUGAAUCAAACGAAAAUUCCUCGACAUCUACCUCUCUUUCAGAAUCAUUCGAAGAUCUUACCGAAGAGGUCACAGCCGAAGAGACUGGCACUAGACGGAAAACAUGUAUCGAGAAACUUCCGGGUGAACAUGAGCAAAAAGCACUUUUUAGCGAACCAAAAGAACCAGAAGCAUUGCGCCACAAUUUUCCAGUGCCUUCCUUUGUGGAAUCAUCGGAAGGUAUUUAA